UUUGUAUCUAAAUGGUUUAAUAGAUUUGCUUUACUUGAUAAUUUUGAAACAAGAACAAAACAUAUGGACGAACAGGAGGAGUUUGAACAAUAUGAAGAACACAUUAAAUGGCUUGAAUUGGCCAAAGAAGACAUCGCUACCUGGAUAAGCUGUGUGCAGACAGAGGCACAGACAGACCAACAGCGAAAGGUUAAGAAGUACAAAAUAAACAAAUAUAAUCAUACAACAUAACAAAAUCAAUCAUCUUUCCUUUAACGUACCGUAAAACGGGCGACAAAACCUUGCAACUUGUAAUGCAACUUUCCUGCAGAACGGUUCAAGUGAUGUUGCGCGUUUUACCACCCACGUUAAACCUGUCUUGCAGCAAAUCAGGAUGUUCCAUGUUGUGCAACUUUGUUGCAGAAAGUAGAGAGUGGUUCUACUUUUUGAAACAAAAUGUUCGGUACAUGUUGCGCGUUUUACUGCCCCAAGGCAACCGUUUUGGCAGCAAGUGACGUAACCACCGUGUAUGGCGUAACUCCCUCCCUUCCAAUCAGAAGUCAUGAUCAGUAUUUACGCAACUUACAGCAACCUAAUUCGUUGCAAGACAGGUUUGAACGUGAUUGCCGUGGUAAAACGCGCAACAUCGCUUCUCCAGUCGUUUUACGACAAUUUUUUCGAAACAAGUUGCACGUUUUUGAUGCCCAGUGUUUUACCAUUAGUUUCCGGUAUGCAAAGUGACUAGCCUGUAUUAACAGACGCCCCUCACACCCAAAAAAUUUUGUUGAGGGGAGGGGACGUCUGUACACAGGCUAAGUAGUGACCUAGUUGUUGACCUACCUACCGAUCUACCUUCCCACAAAAAGCUCCCCACCCACCCACUCACCUACCUACCGACCCACCCACCUACCUAACUACAUUGCACUGUACUAAGUGGCACUGUUUUCAUCGGAUUCAGAGAACGCAUCUUUUCUUGGUUCGUUUCUCCAACAUGCUUGGAAUGUCCUUGAACUGUACUGGUUGCGGUAUCACUUGGGACAGAGGAAAAGACUUCUGGGGUUGUCUUAAUUGCCCAAAUGUUAAUUUGUGCGGGAGCUGUAACCUGUGUGAGUAUUCAAAAAGUUAAAUCAAUUAUAUAUGCCGCUUACUGAGCGGCAAAUUUUCGCUAUUUUGUUAUAGCGCUGGAUUAGACCAUUUUCGAUGUAUUAAAAUUUAUACUUCACUGCGAAGCUUGGGGGAAUAAAACAAAAGAGUACUAUUCAUUACUGAGCCUCAAGAUGAUUUCUUCUGUUUUAUUCCCCCAAGCCUCGCAGCCAAGUAUGAAUUUUAAUAUAUCGGAAUUGGUCUAUUAUUCCUCAACACUGCGCCCUCUCUUUGGUUAUUUCGAGGUCACAUGACAUCUAACCUGUUCCCCGCAGAAAGCCUCUAAGCGAGCAAACAAAAUUUGUGUCGUCCGAAUUGACCAGAGACAUGAAAGUAUUUCAACAUGUGCGUCUUCAAAAAAGGGGCGCCCGAUAUUUUAUGAUCGUCGUCCUUAGCCAAUUAAAACAAAAGUCUUUUACAGUUACAAAGAGACAAGAUACAAAAAGACAAAACCGUAAUUCAUUCCAAAGAAAUACACUGAGGCCACUGCUCACAGAAAUUGUGAAUAUUAUAUGUGCAGUAAGUUCAAAUUUAUAUUACAUGUUAUCUGCUUGAGCAAAUAAGAGAUCAAUGUAAGAGGGAAAAAAAAACGAAGUUUAGAAAAAUAACGUCAUCGUGAAUAUACCCUCUGAUAAUUUAUCCAUGUUUUUGUUCCGCAGGUGGAGUGAACCCUGAUGGCCAUUCAGAAACUCACGAUGCUGUUUAUCUAAGGUAAACAACUCUGCCUCGUUCCUAGUUCCAUGCAGAGGGAGCAGAGGAGGCUAGAGAUUCCAACCCUCCUGUUUUCGCUUAAUAUUCACCCGGUUUUUGAAACUCUUCCUAGCCAAAGAAAAACAUUGUUUUCUUUGUUUAACCAGUCUUUUUUAGCACGAAUCUUUGCCGUUUUUCUGUGGUUUCUCAGCCAUUUUUACCAUUUUGGUAUCCAAGCAUGAGCCUGCGAUCACUUUGGGCUCGGUAAUGCACUGAUGUGAUAGGGACCAAUUCGCCUUAUUAGCUUCCACUGUCUGUUAAAAACGCCACUAUUUUCCAUUGACUGUGAUCUCAAAAUGCAGGAAAUGGUAUCUUAGAGAAAAGUAUCUUAAAAAUUUUCCGCGGUAGCAUGCCCCUGGACCCCCUAGUGGCUCGCGCCUUCGGCCCUCGUGGGUGCAGCUGUACCGCUUUACAAACCCCCCGUUAUUCACAUCUUUGCAUGCGUUUAAGGACGUGUAUAGUAAAAUGCGUCUUUUCCAAACAAUCUAUGCAGAGUAAUCUCUGGAUAAAUAGUCCACGUCCUUUUUUAAGACGCUCCAAAGCCGUGGCAAUAGUUGAGAAUCUAACAAAAAUAUAUAAAAAAAGUAAAUAAAUAAUAAUAAAUAACUCAGAACAUCUAUAUAUAUAUUUUUAUCUGUCUAGUAUAUUUUUGAUCGAAUUAAUCUAAACAUGUUGGUAUUUGAGGAGAGAGGUAACCUCUUGGAGCGACUCUUGGAGCAUGGAAGAAACCCAACGACAAAUCAAACUCGAUCAAAAAUACGGCACCAGGAUUCGAACCCAGGCUCAACUAAUUCCUAAACCACAGUUUAUUGGAUAGCUGGCUCAGUAUUUGGUGAACAUCAAUGUAAAAGAAAGGUAAAAUUCUUUAUUUUUCAGAGUCUGGUGUGAUGGUUGUGGUGGUUGUAUAGUUGGAACACGUUAUCAUUGCAGUGAGUGCAAGGAGAUGAAUCUGUGCACUGGGUGCCAUUUCUCUGGAAAGUUCCCGGAAAGGUAAAUAGACUGAAAUGCGUCUGUAGUUUCCCUCUUUCCUUCCUCACGAACGUAAGAGGUAACACGGAACCAAUCAUAAAAAAGAACUUUCUAGUAAACUUGACGUGACAUAUGGAAAGAAAAAGCUGCCGCCACUAUGGUUUCUUUUUAAAGACUUUUGUUAAACUGCAACCUUCUGUAAAGGCGAAACUGUACUUCGAUACCUCUAGUCACGAAAGACUAAAAUCUACCUGAGCAACAAAAAAGUCGAUCAGCAUCGAUGUAUACUCAAAGUUUUGGCCUUUUAACGAAGCACUAAAGAACGUAUCGCCAUUGCCCACAAUUUCGCAUGCAAGAAACACAGUGGUACUUCGAUAUGGCCCAGGGGUGGGAAAAAAUGUGUUCGAAAUAUCACGAGGUUUCAUUGUAUCGAGGUCCUUUUCUAUCUACUUUACUAUUACUGGAACGAAAGAUAUCUUUCUCUAUUAGAAACUGAAUCAUUGGAUAAUGCAAUUCUAGAGCUCUGAUUGGCUUAGGUAUAUGAGCCAUUACACCAUGCUCUCCAAAUAUGGUAACUGUACGCGUCUACUCAAAUUUUAAAAAAAAGCUGGAAAUCGGUUGUUUUUACAAAUAAAGUCGGGAAGAAUUCUCGAUAUUUAGUGGGCGUUUUUGAUAAAACAAUUAUUCCACUCGCGCUUGUUGGAUAUGAGAUGAUUAUGGCUAUCUACCAUCUCUUAUCCAACGCGCACUUUAUUGUUAAUUAUACCGAGGACUUCAUUACAUAGGGGUUAGUUUUAUGGAGGCCUCCGCCGUAACCAGAGUUUGCUGUCUCCAAGUAAGCUUUCACUCGCCCCAUCUAAGGGCAUUCAAGAUAGUCUUGCAUUCUGGAUUCCAGGCACUGGAAUCCGGAUUCUUUGUCAGUGGAAAUUAGAUUCUGGAUUCUAAUCGUUAGUAGGAUUCCGGAUUCCUUGAGCUGUAUUCCGGAAUCCAAAGUCCAGGAUUCCGGAUUCCAAAAGAAAAAAUUCUCCGGGUUCCUGAUUCCCUUACAUGAAGUGAUCGCAGUCAACCAAGUAACCCUCUCAAGCAGAAGCGAAAGCAAAGGGCAGGGAAAGAAAGGAAAAGUUGGAUUUUGUCAUUGUCUUGCUUAGCGCGUCACUCUACAAUCAUGACAUUGAACUAACCCGUUUGAUAUUGUUUUUCCUAGGCAUAUUGGUACUCAUAACGUGACGAAAUAUUCUGUUUUAGCAACAGGUAAUAAUCGUUAUAGAAACAGUAAAAAAAUUGUUUUAUUAAGAUUCAGACAGUUAAGUUAAAAGCAGCCUGCAUGGCAGGCGUAAAAAGUUGGAAGGGGGAGCCGGGGGGAGGGGGAGGGGGAAAGCGCGAGCGCGUCCCGUCAUAAGCCAUAUUCAAGUAAGGUUAGUCUUUAUAAACGACUCAAAAGCUUUAAAAGGCAGACGGAUUUUCUGUUCCUUCAGGAACGAAGAACACCGACGAACAACAAGAGCUACAGCAUUAUGAAGAAAACAUGAAAUGGGUUGAGGACGCCAAAAAGGAUUUUAACGCCUGGCGCAGUGGAGUGUGGAAGAAAGUUGUGACAAACCAUCACUUACGGGUUAGCUGCUUUUAUUCCCUUCUGUAACUCUACUUGAACAAGAAGAAACGGAUAACUCCUUUAUCCAAGACCUGGUUCAGAAGUCCAAAGAAGUUAGCUAGAACUGAGCGUGCAGAGAAAAACUUGACAAAGCCAUGUCUACUUAUUCAGCGGCUGAAGAUGAUAAGCUAAACGUAAUAACACCGUUUGAGGCAUAUAAAAAUUUCCAGCAGCAAAUGCAAUGGAUAGCUAGGAUUUUUAUCUUAUUUUCAAUAUCUUUUGCGCAGCAGAGUAAACAGAAAUUCCGGCGAAUAAAAUUGUCACCAAGCUAGCUUGGCUCAUUCAGACUUUAAAUUAAUGUCAUUUGUUUCCAUAUGACUGAUGAAUCAUGGAAACAAUAAUAGAGGUUAAGUUUGUUUGUUUUCGUUCCUUUCCGACAGAGAGUGUUACUGUUUUUGGCGCGGUUCUCUCACGUCAUCGGCGGCACCAAAAUCUGCGACGGAUGUGGAACGGACCUUGUGAAAGGCACCAGACAAUUUUUCUGUCUUACCUGCUUGAAAGUUAUUUUGUGCAACUCCUGUCACGAAUGUGAGUGUUUAUAAAUGCAGUGAAACAAAAUUUUAACUGUUAGUAGUGAGACAAGCCCUAACAGUUAGUCUGAAGUUAGGUUUGGAAGUUGUACUAAACGACGGAAAUUAAGGGAUGAUGGAAACUGGCCAAACCUAGCAGGCUGAGUUGAAAAGCUUUCCUUUGCCAGUCAAAUAUUUAAGCUCAGUCAGCUUCAGAAUAGCAAUCCUCUCUCUGACCCAGUUACAUUGUAUGACACAAGACAAGCUAGCCGAACUCUUAACAUCGUAAAAGGCCAUGGUAUGUAUUGAUUACGGGGCUAAUAAACGGGAAGGUUCAUUCCCGAAACAUUCCUCCUACACAUAUCGCCCCAUGGAAGAGAAUCCAAGACAGUCCGGCUCGGAUUCUGUAUUCCACGCCGUGGAUUCCGGAUUUCAGGUACUUGAUUCCAGUCUUUUCCAGUGGAACUUGGAUUUUGGAUUCCAAUCUUUAGUAUGAUUCCGGAUUCUUUGAGCUGUAUUCCGGAUUCCAAAGCCCAGGAUUCCAGAUUCCACUAGCAAAAAUUUCCCGGAUUCCGGAAUCGGGAUUUCCUUACAUGGGACGACACAUAGGAUUUACAUAUUUUCUAGAUGCAUAAAUCAUAUUAGGUUCGAAACUAACAUGGUGACGGAUACUUGGUUAACGUUAGUUUGCUUAUUCUCUAAAUUUUUUGUUGCUCAACAGCUGGAGAGAAACCUGAACGCCACUUAAAAACUCAUGAUAUUCUAGGAAUGAGGUGGGUC